AUGUCCAGCAACCAGCACAAUAUCAGUUCCGCUUCUUAUGGUGCCACAUGGAGAACCCUCCGCCGUAACCUGGCCUCCGAGAUGCUCCAUCCGGCGAAAGUCAAAUCUUUCUCAGAAAUCCGGAACUGGGUCCUUGACACUCUCAUCAACCGUCUCAAAACGGCUUCGGAGUCUGAAUCCUUUAUGGCUAUUCCCCACUUUCAUUAUGCAAUGUUCUGUUUACUUGUUUUUAUGUGUUUUGGUGAAAGAGUUAGCGAUGAGAAAGUUAAUGAAAUUGAACGCGUACAAAGGACGCUUCUGUUGAGUAUGAGCAGAUUCAAUAUAUUGAAUUUCUGGCCUCAAGUUACUAAGAUUUUGCUCAGGAAAAGAUGGGAGGAGUUGUUGAAGUUGCGUAAGGGUCAGGAAGAUGUUUUACUUCCGCUGAUAAGAGCCAGGAAGCAAAAUAAGGGAAGUAAGAGUGUUGUUUCUUAUGCGGAUACUCUCUUGGAGUUGGAGUUAAAGGAGGAGAAUCACAAGUUGAAUGAAGAUGAAAUGGUUAGUCUUUGUUCUGAGUUUUUGAAUGGUGGCACGGACACGACUUCCACGGCUUUGCAGUGGAUUAUCGCGAAUUUGGUCAAGUAUCUGAAUGUACAGAGAAAGCUUGUGGAGGAGAUUAGGGAGGUAAUUGGUGGUGAUGAUAGUGGAUUGACCAAGAUAGUGGCACCUGGCAGUGAAACUUUGGGUGGUGUAAUUGGUGCUUUCCAACACAUGAUACAAACUGAAGGCAUCUUUUCUCUAUACAAGGGUUUAGUACCGUCACUUAUAAGCAUAGCUCCUUCUAGUGCUGUUUUUUAUGGUGUAUAUGAUAUGCUAAAAUCAUCUUAUCUGCAUUCACCCAAAGGAAUGCAAAGAACCCAGAAUUUGAAUAAACAGGGUCAGAAACUGAGUGCCUUUGAUCAGCUUGAGUUGGGGCCAGUAAGGACAUUGUUGUAUGGGGAUAUUGCUGUGGAACAAGGAGGCGUUUUAGCCCUCUAUGCUGGACUUGUUCCCAGCUUAUUACAGUCAAAUAUGACUACUGACAAAGGAGUAGAUGGUUCUGAUGCAUCCUUUUCCAUUUCCAUGGCCGAAAAUCAACCUCAAAAUAAUCUACCGAUGCCUAUAACAAAUCCACCUCAAACUAUUGAUUUGGACAAUGUUCAUACUAGUAAAUGA